UAAUUCCAUUCUUCUGUCCGUCACAUGGGCGGGGGAGCAGCCGAUCACUCGCCAUGAAUCCCUCGGCCACCGUCCCCGCCUCCUCCUCCUCCUCCUCCUGGCUCGCCGGCCUCGUCGGCGGCCGCUCCCUCAAGUCUGCCGCCGGCUCCGGCAGCGGCACCUCCUCGAUCCCCGCCGGUUCCGACGGCCUCGGCCUCGGCUCCCGCAAGAACCAGCUCCGCGGCGUUCUCUUCAAGUACGGCCCCAAGCCCGUCCAGGUGGCAUUCAAAACUGGUGAUUUUAACCAGCAAGUUAUUUUUAUUGGUGGAUUGACAGAUGGACUUUUGGCAACUGAGUAUUUGGAACCUUUGUCAAUUGCUUUGGAAAAUGAGAAAUGGUCCUUGGUGCAACCCUUGCUCUCUUCGUCCUAUGUUGGAUAUGGCACUUCCAGCUUAGAACAAGACUCAUUGGAGAUAGAUCAGCUUAUUAGUUACUUAAUAAAUAAGGAAAACUCAGAGGGCGUUGUGCUGCUUGGGCAUAGUACUGGUUGCCAGGGUAUCGUGCAUUAUAUGCGUACAAAUUUUGCAUGCUCUAGAGCAGUUCGUGGAGUCAUUUUGCAGGCCCCAGUUAGUGACCGGGAAUACAGAGCAACUCUUCCUGAAACUGCUGCAAUGAUAGACUUGGCUGCAAAAAUGAUAAGUGAAGGUAGGGGAAUGGAAUUAAUGCCCAGGGAAGCAAACCCAGAUGCUCCAAUAACUGCCUAUAGGUACCACUCACUUUGUGCAUACAUGGGGGAUGAUGAUAUGUUCAGUUCAGAUCUCAGUGAGGACCAGUUGAGAUUGAGACUUGGACACAUGUCAAGUACACCUUGCCAGGUUAUUUCUUCCUUGGCUGAUGAGUAUGUGCCAGACUACAUUGAUAAGAAAGCACUGGUAGAAAGAUUAUGUCAGGCUUUGGGAGGUGCUGAGAAAGUUGAAAUACAAUGGGGAAAUCAUUCACUCUCUAAUAGGGUACACGAAGCAGUUCAGGCCAUUCUAGAUUUUGUAAAGAGGGAAGGACCGAAAGGGGUUCAACUUAACAAUCAAAUUCUUCGAAACCAGUUUUUUAUGGAUUGAUCCUUGAAGAAUGUUACACCAAUAUCGACAUGAUAUGCUGAUGUGUCUUUUCCAAGCUCUCGCCACUAGUUUCUAGUUGUUAGCCACCGAUGAUCCGCUGACCAGCAAAUGACACAUUUACUAAAUCUUCUUCAGGAAAAGUAUUUCAAUCCAAACAAGGGCUGGCCAUGCUUUCAAUAUAAACAUAGUAGAACAUUCCAAUAUCUAUUUAAAGCUUAAUAAUUUGGAAAAAAAUACAUUCCGAUGUCUAUUUGUAGCCUAAUACUUUGUAAUAAAUCUUCUCUUCAUCUAAGAGCUUCCUUCCUGAAGGGGAUUCCAACAGCUUCUUGUCAUGGUAGCAUUUUUGCUUUCUCAUUGAUAUACUGAAGGGGAUUUUCUCAUGUUCUUUGUUUGUCCUUCCGAUCAUUUUGUUCUUAAAGGUUUUAUUUUUCA